AUGAUUAUCUUUAGUUUUUAUUUUAUUUUCUUAUUUCAUUCAAUAAAUGGACAACAAGGAAUAUAUAAUAUGUUUAUGCCAGAUUUACCUCCAUUACAUCCUCGUGUACCAUCGUCAUCGAAUUCAUUGUUAACUCGUGAAACUCAUACAUUUACAACACGUUCAUUUACAAAAAUAAAUCUAUCAGGUGGACCAUUUAAUGUUAAACUUUAUCAUAAUAUAAAUUCAAAUGAUAAUUAUACAUCGGUUGAAGUUGAAGCUGAACAAUCUUUACAUAAAUUAAUUUCAAUUGAUAUUAUACAAAAUGAUAUACUUACAAUUCGUAUGGUAGAAAAUUUAAAUCUAAAUAAUAAUCAUACAAAUAUAACAUUAAUAAUUAUAUAUCGAGAAUUAACUGAACUUUAUAUUGAUGGAUUAAUUAAUGUACAAUGUGUUAAUCAAAUACAAACACAUAUGUUUCGUUUACAUCAUCGUGGUACUGGUUCAAUAAAAUUAAAAUUACAUGUUAAUAUACUUGAUGCAUAUCUUCAUUCAAUUGGUCGUAUUAAAUUAUGUGGACAAGUGAAUGAUGAUGCUAUAUUAAAAUCAUUAGGCGUUGGUGAUGUAGAUUGUCGGAAUUUAUUAACAAAAAAAAUCAAUGUGAUUUCAAGUGGAAUUGGAAACAUUUAUAUAACAGCUAUUGAUGAAAUUAAUAUAACAUUAAGUGGUAUUGGUACUGUUUAUUAUUCGGGUCCAUUAAAACAACAAAUUAAAACAGGUUUAGGAAAUAUAAUGGAAAUGCCGAUGAAUGAUCAACAAAUAUUCAAUCAAGAUUUAGAUUAG